AUGUCGCACUCGCAGGAGAAGCUCGACAACUCGGAAAAGUCCGUCGACGUCGAGAUCGGCCCGACCGUCGACCCCACCGUCGUCGAUGGCUCGACCGACGACCCCCAUAUGCAUCGCUCCCUCAAGGGACGCCAUGUAUCCAUGAUUGCCAUCGCAGGCACUCUCGGCACAGGUCUCUUCUUGGGCUCAGGAAAGGCGCUCGCAAACGGUGGUCCCGUCGGCGCAGUCCUUGGCUACCUCAUCGUUGGUCUCCUCGUCGGCCUCAUGAUGUACUCUCUCGGCGAGAUGAUGGUGUACGAUCCCAGCGCUGGCGGCUUCAUCGAGUUCACUUCGCGUUACGUCGACCCCGCACUCGGUUUUGCUGCCGGCUGGCAGUUCUGGUUCCAAACCGCGAUGACCGCACCUACUGAGGUCGUCGCCGCAUCCAUUGUCAUCCAGUACUGGGAUAAGAACACGGAUCACCUUCCCAUCUACGUCACGGUCAUUCUCCUCUGCACGGUCGCAAUCAACAUCGCUGGUGUCAAGUACUUCGGCGAGUUCGAGUUCUGGUUCGCCUUCCUGAAGAUCAUCUCCAUCAUCGGCCUCAUUAUCAUGUGCUUGGUCGUCGAUCUUGGUGGAGCCCCGGACCACGACCGUCGCGGCUUCCGCUACUGGCGCGACUCGCCCUUCAACUCCAACUUUCAGGGCCUCGAGCCGCCGUCGAAGGCCCGCUUCUUCGGUUUCUGGGCUGUCCUUACCCAGGCCGCUUUCUCGUACGGUGGCAUGGAGGGCCUCGCGUCCAUCUGUCUUGAGGCCGAGAACCCGCGGGUGACGAUGCGCACUGCUGUCCGUGCCAUCUUCUAUCGUAUCGUUGUUCUCUACAUCGUCGCGCUCUGGUUGGUCGGCAUGUGCAUCUCCCCCUCGGACCCGCAUUUGUUGCAGGCGAACAGCGCCGACGAGGGUACCGCCGCGGAGUCUCCGUUCGUCAUUGUCAUCACCACGUCCGGCAUCAAGGUCCUCGACCAUAUCAUCAACGCCGUCGUCCUCACUUCCGCGUUCUCCGCCGGCAACGAGUUCCUGUACUCGUCCUCCCGUGCCCUCUUCAUGCUCGCGCAGGAGGGUCAAGCGCCUCGCAUCUUCUCCAAGAUUUUGCCGAAUGGUGUGCCCAUCUACGCCCUUGGCUUCACCUCCCUCUUCUCGCUGCUUGCCUACCUCAACUGCGGCAGCGGUGGUGCGUCGAAGGCGUUCAACUGGCUCUCGGCCAUCACGACGCUCGGCUCUAUGUUGACGUGGAUGGGCAUUGCGCUCGCGCACACGCGCUUCUACCGCGGCAUGAAGGCGCAGGGUGUCCCGCGUGAAGUGCUUCCCUUCAGGACGUGGAUGCAGCCAUGGGGUGCAUGGGUUGUGCUUAUCUCGUUCAUCAUCAUUGCCUUCUUCUCCGGCUGGACAGCGCUCUUGCACGGCGAGUUCGCGGCGUCCGACUUCUUCUCCGCGUACAUCAACAUCCCCUUCGUCUUCGUGUUGUACUUCGGCUACAAGUUCGUCAAGAAGACGAAGAUCGUGCCGCUCAUGGAGAUGGAUGUUACCACGCACUACGUCGAGGGCUCCGUCGUCCGCAGCAAACUCGUCGCGCACUGA